CCCCAUCAUGCACAGCUCCUCCCCAUGCACGCCAGCCCCCAUAAAAGCGUCGACGUGGGUGACUGAUGGCAUUCACCACUCCUUCUGUUCUCAGAUCACGAAAAGGCUCUGCAUUGCAGGGAAAUCUUUCUUCACAGCAAGAUGUCUUGCUACGACCUGUGCCCACCAAAAACCAGCGUGGCCGUGCCCCAGCCCAUCGCUGAGAGCUGCAACGAGCUGUGCGCGCGCCAGUGCCCCGACUCAACGGCCUUCAUCCAGCCACCGCCCGUCGUCGUCACCUUCCCCGGCCCCAUCCUCAGCUCCUUCCCCCAGCAAGCCGUGGUGGGCUCCUCCGGAGCACCCGCCUUUGGGGGCUCCUUGGGACUGGGGGGCCUCUAUGGCGCCGGGGCCACUCAGGGCUCGGGGGGCCUCUGCACCUUUGGCAGACCCUACGUGUCUCCUGCCUGCAGCCCCUGCCCCUUGCCCCGCUACAGCAGGAAGCUGUGGGACACCUGUGGGCCCUGCUAAAUUCAGAUUUAUAACUUCUCUUCUUUCUUCAUCCUGUAUGCCAAUUUGUAAUGCCUACUUUGUCUUCUAUGGCCCUGAACUGGGCCCUGUGCUGGCCACUGCCUCGAAGAUGCCUCCAGAAACGCUUUUUCUGAAGCCCUAGGCACCUCCUUCCUGCCUAGGACUCUACUACAUCUUUGAUGUUGUGUCCUUUCCUGUCUUUACAAUAAAAUAAGCCUGCAUCCAA